AUGGAGCGUCCAAUGGGACAAAAAGCAGCAAAAAGGAAGGGUAAGGCAUCAGAAAUUCCAAAUGCAACGCAAGAUGCAAAGAAUAAAAGAGCAAUAACAAUGGACAGCCUUGCGCAAGCUAAGGAGGACGAGCUAGAAUUAAGGAUAGUGCAAAUGAUGAUGAAAGACACUUCUAUUAUGAACGAUAGUCAACGAGAUAUUCAUGAAAAAUAUUAUGCCCUUGGAAAUCAUGAUGAAUAUUUCCAAAUGAGGGUCGAUGCAACUGGUAAAAUGGGUCUUUCACCAUUGCAGAAAUGUACAUCUGCUAUUCAAAGAUUUGUUAAGGGUGUCAAUGUUGUAUUUGGCACUGAGUAUUUGAGAAAGCCUAACAACACUGAUGUUGAACAUCUUUUACAAAUGGGAGAGUCACGUGGCUUUCCAGGUUCAAACAAUGACAUUAAUGUGCUAAACCAAUCCAACGUGUUUAACGAUAUUUUGGAAGGACGUGCUCCCAAUAUGCAAUAUACAAUCAAUGGGACACCAUAUAAUAUGGGGGAGAAAAGAAAAAAAUUAUUUGCUCAACAUCAAGAAUCGGCUAGAAAAGAUGUGGAGCGAGCAUUUGGAGUGCUUCAAUCUCGAUUUGCAAUUAUACGUGGCCCAUCGCGUGCCUGGCACAUGGACACUCUCAAGCAUACCAUAUAUGCCUGCAUCAUAUUGCACAACAUGAUUGUGGAAGACGAACGACAUACAUAUGGAGGUAAUUUUGAUUACUCUUAUGAUAAUGUGGAUAUCAAUAACUCAACAACUGAAACAUUUAGCGGUCCUCAUCCGAAUCUUGCAACAAGACUACAAAGAAGAGCAAGUAUUCAAGAAAAACAAGUUCAUCGUAAACUUCAAGGAGAUCUAGUCGAAUAUAUUUGGGAACGUUUUGGAAGAUGA